GCAUACACUAAUUAAGUACUCAGACAGUCUCUCCUCCAGCUUAGUCUAAUAUCAACUAUAAAAGCAUGCUCUUUGGAGCUUUCUUCACUCAGAGAUUUCAGAAAUCUUCACAACAAAAGAUAUAAGAAAAGCCAAGAACGAAAUGAAAUUGCUACUGCUUGUGGUUUGCUGUGUGGUGUCCACAUCACUAGCUGGUCUGAUUGACAAAGAGGCUAAACUGAAAGCUGUGCUCAAUGAAGUUGAUGAGAUAUUGCAAGAUAUGAAAGAUGAUGAUGAGCCUCAUCCUGAACCACUCGGAGACAUUCAAAAACUCGAGUCUAUGAUGAAUGAAGCAGUGAUCGAGGGAGAUAUUUCACCAAAGCCAUCCCACAAACAAGACUCACAAGGGAGUCCUGCCAUGGAGGAGAUGUUGCUUCACACUGAGAACAUUGACGAGGCAACUGCUGAAGUGGAAGCUGCUGGCGGUCGCGUUCUACUCCAACUUGGUCACAACCUCUUGGUUGCAAAAGUCCACUCUCGUGUAGCCAAGCAGAAUAGCUUCAGUCAUUCCUCAGCCCAUAUUUCGAGCUCAGCAUCAGCGUCAACUUUGACCCAUGUUAAUGCCUACUGGAUGGCACGAGAAGAUGAGCUGAAACCACAACCAACGAUUCAAAAGUGGACAGAAAAAACAGCUCCAAUGGCCCUUAAAAGAGAAGAUUCCAACGAAGAUUUUCGGGGAGAUUCACCAUACCGUCUAACCAUGACUGGGAAGAUUGCCGUUGGUAUUGUUGUUGCUUCCGGUCCUGGUAGCUUAGCAAUGAGCCAAACUGAGUAUCAAAAAGUUGUAAGUGAAUGCCAAACAGGGCUUAAAUUCUGGUCAGAUCAAGCUGCGAAAAAGAGGGUUAAUUUGUCGUUUGUGUUUUAUUCUGGGAAGGCAACAAUCACUGCUUCCAACCCAACCUCUUGCCCUAGCUAUGAAGCUUGCCACGACGUGUUUGCUGAUGCUUCACUCCAAGCUUUUGGUUAUGCAAAAGGUAAAACUGGAAAAGACAAUUUAGCACAAUCUAUCAAAGACACUGCUGGUGCUGAUGGUGCUUUCCUUGGUUUCUUCUCUAAGUACAGUCAAGGUCGUUAUGCGUAUGCCUAUUUUGGUGGCGGACCUAUAUACAUGCAGUACAGCAAUGGCGGUUGGGGUUCCGAUCAGAUUGACAAGGUUUUCGCUCAUGAAACUGGACAUGUCUUUAACGCUCCUGACGAAUACGAAAGUUGUAAGUGCGCCGAACUGUAUGGCAGGGGAACCUGCACUGCUAAAAAUGCCAACUGCGUUAGCUGCACUUCUUCUCAAGGUGCCUGCAUUAUGGAUAGCACUGAUCUGGGCAACCUUUGCGAGAAUUCCAAGAAGCACGUCGGUUGGUGCUAAGAGACUUACAAGGAAUACUUCUGGACUGCUUUACGGACUUGACCUAUAUCUUAUAUAUAUUAUAGUAUGCUGUGAAUAGUUUAGCUAUAUCACAGUUAUAGUUGAGCUAUAGAGACUCUUGUAGUUAAUGUGAUUCACAUUAUAUCUUUUUAUAGUUUUGUGGUUAUGUCAAGGACGUAUAAACAGAGACAUUUGCAA